GAGUAGGAGAGUAUACUUUUAAGAGCAAAUGGGAAUUGCCCAUUUCGUUACUCCCCGUCUAAACAUCACUAAAAACAGUAUACUCUCCUACUCCUACAGCCUUGUUACUGCCAUUGUAGACGGCCCUUUAGAGUGAAGAUUUUCGCUUGUUUGGAUGAAACAUCUCGUAGUUCUCAUACAUUUUCGGUAAUUGUUGAUAAUUGAACGGCGAUAGUUCAGCUGUUCACCGCAACAACGCCACCUGGCGGCGCAGUCCUUAGUUCGCUUUGCAAUUGUCACGAUCGUGUUUGCCGCCGCGAGUCGCGAGUCCCGAGUCCCGAGAUUGCACGCAUUCCGUCAAAAUCUCUAUUUUUCAUUCAUUUCUUUCAUCUAUACGUCGAGUCACUCUCAGCGCGAUUUUCUCAUCGUGGACUUUUUCUUAUCGUGUUCUCUCCGGACGCGAAUUCCGCGCGCAGCUUGCGACGAUCGUCGUAGUGUGGCCGAAACAAGAUGGCCGCCGCCGCGGCCGCCGCGCUGCUUGACGAGCUUAUGGGCCGGAACAGAAACGUUUUGCCCAACGAGAAGCCCAAAGAGCUCAACUGGGAGGAUCCCGAGUUUUGCAAGCUGUAUUUGGUAAAGUUCUGUCCUCAUGAUCUAUUUGUUAAUACAAGAGCAGACUUGGGUGCAUGUCCCAAGGUACAUGACGAUGAAGCUAGAGAAUUGUUCGAAAAAGCACCAUAUUCGUAUCGUAAGCAGCAAUAUGAGGAUGAAUUUAUUAGGUACUGUCAAAGCAUGUUGAACGAAGUGGAGCGAAAGAUCAUUAAAGGAAAGCAGCGAUUGGCACUGAUUGGGAGAACAGAAGCACCGACGUUAACCCCGGCGCAAACGCAAAGGAAUGAGGAGCAGAUUGCUCUGUUGACAGAAAAGAUAAAUAAAUUAGUGGAAGAAGCCGAGCAGAGUGGAAUUCAAGGCAAUGUGGAGCAGGCGCAGGGCCUAAUGCGUCUUUGUGACCAAUUGAAGGAAGAGCGCGAAACCCUGAGAAAAUCCAACGACAAUAGCCAUUACAAUCAAACUGCUGAACUAGCGGCCGCGCAGGAGAAACAGAUGGAGGUGUGCGACGUGUGCGGCGCGUUCCUUAUCGUGGGCGACGCCCAGCAACGGAUUGACGAUCAUUUAAUGGGAAAACAGCAUGUGGGCUAUGCGAGACUAAAAAGUGCCCUUCAAGAAAUCAUGAACAAACGCGAAAAGGCGCGCGACGAGAAGGAGCAGAGGAGAGAGGAGGAACGAAAGCAAAGAGCACGAGCGAACGAAGAGCUCGACAGGCGGCGGAGAGAUGGCGACAGAGAUAGAGAUCGCGACAGAGACAGGGACAAACGUCGAAGCAGGCGAAUAGAUGAUGAUAAAAACCGUCACGACUCUAGCAGUCAUAGAAAUUCUGGGCACAGAAGUAGAAGUAGAUCGCGAGAAAGACACCAUCGGGACGAAGAUAAUUAUCGACGUCAUGGUCGAGAUAAGGGGAAUCGCGAUCAUCGGAGCUCCAGCCAUCAGAAUCGUCGCCGUCACCGCUCGCGAAGCCGAAGUCACAAGUAACUUCUCUUGAUUGGUUAGUGAGUGAGAAAUGAGCCAGAAAGAAGAGAUUCGAACAAAGCGCGAAGAUCACACAAGAAGUUGCACAAGACGUACAUCGCUUAACGUACUGUUAAGGUAAAGAUUUUAAAUAAUCUUAACGGUGAUAGAGAGAGAGAGAAAGAAAUAGGGAGGGCAUACGAAGAAAAAAAAUUUUCAUCGAGACACGUCGGAAUUGAAAUAAUAACUUGUGUCUCGAGCAAUUGUUAUUUUAGGCCAUCUAUACAUAAACAGAGCGAUCAGAAAGGUAAAUUAUCUAAUAUUAACGCGGUAUUAUAAUGUACUGCAAUUGCAAUAAUCCUAAGAUUGUUAUUUGGAAUUAAUAAAAUAAUGCUGGACGGA